CAGGCGCGCCCCCCUCUCACGCAGCUACAGAACAAUACCAUGAUACGCAAGGCUGACUCCUCCGCAUAUAUUCUCUCGCAACACAGACAAGAACGCCAUGGCACUGUGCUCCAAAUGUUCAACUCUCGUUUUGGUCGAUCUCUGGAACAACGACGUCGUCUUCCAUGAGAACUUGCAGGCACUUGUCCAAUCUGCUGAGCAGGGCUGUGCCUUCUGUCGCCUGUGCUGGACGCGGAUUCAACAGGACUGCGCACCAGCUGACGUCCAACUCUGUUUAGCAGCUUUAUCUUUGGGCUCUCAGAUAUCUGAUGUGGCCAUAUACAUCACGGGCGAGCUACAUCCGGUCGGCCUGGUACCCAACGAACCCAGCCAACUGUAUGUGAGCUGCGGGAAGAUGCCAGGCAAAGUUGGUGAUCUUACUACCAACGGGCUGUUCACUCGCUUGCACAUUUUUGCAGAGCCUGGAUCUCCGGCUACUGUUCUGUUCGGAGAGAGGUACAUCACCGUUGACCGCAAUCCGAACCUCCACGUGGAUCACACACGGCAAUGGUUGGAAUUUUGUCGGAAACACCACAAUGUUUGCAACUAUGCUAGCCACCCAGAGGCUCGACGCAUGCCUACGCGCGUUAUCGAUGUCGGCGACCCGGAUUCGAAGACUUGUUCCAGACUAGUUCUUACCAAAGAUCUGAAGAAUAAGGCAGAGAAAUAUAUCUCCCUCUCAUAUUGCUGGGGUGUCGGCGUCCAGCACGCAGUUGAGCUACGAGAUCACAAUCUAGCCGACCUCCUCAUUUGCCUCCCUGAAAAGAAUCUUACAAAGACGCAUCAAGAAGCCAUCCAACUCACCCGCGAGCUAGGCAUCAGAUACCUGUGGAUCGACUCCUUGUGCAUCAUCCAGGACAAUCUAGGCGACUGGGAAUCCGAGUCCAAGCGCAUGGCUUCGGUCUACGGCGGCGCCGAGCUUACCAUUAUUGCCGGCCGCGCUGCCGACAGCCGCGAGGGGUUCGUCGCCAACAAUUACGCUUCUCGCAAGGACGUGCCUCAGCCUGUGCCCCUGAUGUGCGGCCCUAAUCCGCUCACGGGAGAAGGAGACCUGGGUCACUUGUACGUUUGCAUACCGCGCUCCAAGGCCAUCGGCCCCGUUACCUCGCGUGGAUGGUGCUUCCAGGAAGCCAUCUUCUCGACCCGCGCCAUCCUGUUCUGCGAAGAGCAGCUCUCGUUCCGGUGCCGCAUGCUUGCGAGGUGGGAAGACGGGAGAACCGCAGUCGACGGCAACGAUGCGUCGUUCCACUUGGGCGGCCCCCGCCCGGGCUCCAAGCCUGAGGUCUUGCGGAGGUGGUACGCCAUGCUCUCCGACUUCACGUCGCGGGAGCUAACCGAGCCUAACGACAUCUUCGCCUCCAUCACGAGCAUCGCGCAGCUCGUUCACAGCGUUGUCAAGUGUCGCUACCUCGCGGGACUAUGGGAGGACGACAUGCCGCGUGGGCUCAUGUGGAAAGCCCGGAUCCAGCUCUACGCGGGCAGGCAUCCGCCGUUGACGAAACCGAAGGCCAGCGGCCGACGGAAGGGCGAGCCCAAGGGUGACGAAGUCAAGAGGGCCCCGUCCUGGAGCUGGGCAAGCGUCCAGGGCCCUGUCGCUUGGAUCGCAACGGCCCGAAGGGAGCCACGAUACCUCGAUGAGCACAACAUCUGUGUCAGGCCUCGUCAUGAAGACUGCUGGGCACCACUAGAGGACUGGGGAGAGCCCGACAGACUGUACAUGCCGGCGCUUGAGCUGCACCUCUGGGGUCGGCCAGUUGAGGUCCGUUGUGCAGCAAUGACAGUUGCAGAGUAUGUAAAGUCGCUGCCGGAAGUUGCGACGACAAAUUGGGGCCCUAAGCAUAGGGUAUAUGGUGUGCUGCUGGAAACGCUUGUCAUCCUUCCAAACGACAACGUGCCAAACGGUAACACCGCUGUCGCCGGGGUAGGCUACUUCGACUUUCCCGACGACGCGAAGCCUACACGCCUAUGGUGUCUACAGCUAGUCAAAGCAGAGGGCCUUCUUCUAACUCGAGAUGUAGAUGAAAAGUUCCGUCGUGUAGGGUGGUUUCUCGUAGAGAGCAAUGGGUAUCCUGAAGGCGCUAGUGAGGUAGCAGUAGAUUUGGUUUGAUUCUAUAACGCAUUGACGCAUCUUGUAAGCGAGUCAGUCAUUCAAGUCACUCGGAACUUUUUUUGGCUGCGAUACGUCCCUUUACACUCAAUAUCAAUUUCCUUUACAAC